CAGUAUUGCCAGGCGCAAUCUAGAAUCCAUAACAUCCUCGAAGAAGAGCAUCAAAGAUUUAUUUCUUUAGCGUUAAUAUUUUCUCUUUUAAAACUGUACUCUAAGAGGAUUGCCACCAUUUUACAGGUUUUAAACCUUAGCACCAUGGACGAACGGGCGUUAGAUCCUAAUGCAGGAGAUGUUGGGACAGAGACAUGUUUGGGAGCCACUGGAGGAUCAUCUGGUUCCCGUUUGGACUCGCAGUUGGCCGAUGCUGUUCGAUUAAAGGCGGAGGGUAAUUCUUUUUACCGGGAGAAGAAACUGCGCACCGCCAUCGGACGUUAUCACCGAGCUUUGCUUGUUCUCCGUGGCAUGGACUCCGAGGUUAAUUCUGGCCUUGAAGGGUUUGGCGCUCAGAUACCUAAACUGAACCCAGAACAGGAGCAGCUGCUGAGGACCACUCAAGUAGAUUGCUAUAACAAUUUAGCAGCAUGUUUGCUACAGCGUGAGGUGGUGGACUAUGCUCGUGUAUUAGAGUACAGUAUGAAGGUGCUCCAGUGGAGGCCAGGUAACGCUAAGGCCCUGUACAGAGCUGGGGUGGCAUCGUUAGAACUAGGUGAUGUUCAGACCUCUCGACAGUACCUCUUACAAGCCAGCAGAGGGACGCCUAAUGAUGCCAACAUUAAGAAACAGCUACAGCGAGUGGAGGAGAGACUGAGCAAAGACUAUCAGAAAGAGAAGGCGCUCUACAAAGGCAUGUUCAGUAAGCAGAAACAAGGGGAAGAGCCAUUGGCAGAUGAGAAGACCCCAAAACCUGUUUAAAUGGACUAUCAUACAUGACUCGACAGCACGCAUGUAAAAAAUGACAAGUUAUAUCAACUUAAAUAGGGGCUGGAGUUUUCUUGAAGGAAAUUGGCUCAUAAGAAGUUUUGCCUUAGGAGAUGGAAAAAUUGCCACAUAUGGCAUUUACUAGGAUUGAUGCUGUCAUGCCAGGGCUGAAUGUGCGAGCGAAAUCUGGUGAAAAGUGGCAGCGUGAAAGACAAUUUUGUGCACUUAAAAUGCAUUUUUGGCUCUUGAUUGGUAUUGCAUUUGACUAAUCUGCUGUAAAGCUGUUUCUGUCUUAUCUAUUGUUUAUGCACAUGUUUGUUUUUCCUUAAAGAGAUAGUUCACUUUAAAAUGAAAAUUCUGUCAUCAUUUACUCAUCCUCAUGUUGUUCUAAACCUGUAUGAAUUUCUUUUUUCUGAUGAACACAAAACAAAAUAUUUCGAGAAAUGAUGGUAAACACACAGCAGAUAGUGACCAUUGACUUCCGUAGUAGGAAUUUAAAAAUAUGAUGAAAUUUAAAGCGUAACUAAACCCCUGGUCAGAGCCUGACUCCGCCCACUGGCAAUAUUUGAAAAAUGCAAGAAAAGUGGGCAGAUCCCAACGGAGAUAGAGGGGACGAACUAAGCUCGUAUCAAGUGUGUGGUGAGAUCGUAACAAGGGCGUGGUGAUCUUAAACCUGCUUACGUCACGAGUCAUUUUUUGGACCCAAUACCCAAUAGGAAAAUUCAACUGCAGUAGCCACCGUUCAACCUGAAGAGGGCAGCACUCAGACGUUUUUACACCAUAUAUUGCAGUAUUGAAACACUUUAUAUCCAAAUGGCAAAAAAGUUACUAAAAUCAAUGAACAGCACUAAUAAAGCAUCAUUCUUACAGAUCAUUAACUAAAAAAAGUUGGUUUAGGGUUUAGUUACUCUUUAAUGGGUAUCGUCAACUUCAUAUAUCAAAAUAUUCUCUUCAUCAUUUAUCACAAUACUUCCAAAAUAUAUUUAUUUUUCCUACUAUGGCAGUCAGUGGUCACUAUCUGCUGUGUGUUUACCAUCAUUUCUCAAAAUAUCUUCUUUUGAAUAAAUAAAUUUAUACAGGUUUAGAACAACAUGAGGAUGAAUUUUUAUUUUAAGUGAACAAUCCCUUUAAAUUCAUAUUUCUUUGUUCAUCCUAAUAAAUAUUUUUGAAAGUACCGGUUCGUACGCUUUGACAUGUGCUUUGCGUUUGAAAUGAAAUAUUUAAUAAUGUUGUUGAAGUUGGAAUGGAUAACGCUGAUAUGAUUAUGAAAGUGUAAAUUAUAGUCUUUGAAAACAG